AUGAGCCUUAUUAGAAAGAUCCUUGCUGGAAAUGGUUCGCUCUGGGCGAAGGAAAUUUGGGGGAAAAUCCGAUUGCAAGGUCAGAAAGUGUACUGGCACCGUCUAGUGUGGUAUCCUAUGCACCUUCCAAAGCAUAGUUUGAUUACUUGGAUGGACAUCUUAAACAAGUUACCAACUUGUGAUCGCUUGCAACGCAUGGGAUUAGUCACUGCUGGACUGUGCGUUAACUGCAGGGCUUCUAACGAAAGCAGGGAUCAUUUGUUUUCUCAAAGCCCCUUGGCUAUUGAACUCUGGAAAUCUGUACUCCAAUUGAAUGGUAUGAACUACACUGCAAUGACUUUGGAAGAAAUUGUCUCUCGUGCAAGCUCUAUGUGGAAAGGGAAAUCUCUAAUCACCACUAUAUUGAAAAUUUCAUGGAAUGCUUAUAUCUACUUUUUGUAG